CGGAAUUAUUAUGGAAACUGAAAAAUUAACACCUUAUUACUGGCCUGCCUAUAAGAGGCUACUGCAGCUCUGUAUAUUCACUUAAAUUGUAACAAAACAUACUCAGAGUCAUAUAACAUUUUCGGUAGUUGAGUGCAUACAAACACAAUAAAAAUGAAGAUCGCUCAUUCAACAAUCAAGACUUUAUUGCUAUCCCUACUGGGGAUAUCCACCGUAUUUGCAGAAAACAAUGAAAGUAAUAUUGAAGUUAUACCUCUAACAAACACUCAACAUGAGAAACAACAUACCUCGGACUCGGCCGUUCCUAACACCAAUACCAACGUUUUAGAUAAUAAAAAUCCAUUGGCUGAGUUAAUUUUGAAUGACAAUAACGAACGGAUUAAUCAUAGUGAGGCUCAGUCAAGAGUGAAAAGGCACUUUCUACCGUAUUAUCCAGGAUACUACCCCUACUACCGACCAUAUCCCGUUCCUCUACCGCUAGUAGGUGGUUUCGGGGGAGGUGUGAUAAUCGGUGGAAUAGGAGGCUAUGGCUACGGCAGAGGAUUCGGUGGCUAUGGCAGAGGAUUUGGUGGCUAUGGAAGAGGCUUCGGAGGCUAUGGAAGAGGCUUUGGCGGGCGUGGUUUUGGAGGACAUGGAUUUGGGUUUGGCGGCGGUCAUGGCUUCGGAGGAUUCGGAGGACACGGAGGAAGAGGAUAACUUAUUAAAAAGAUAGAGGACCAAUUGUAAACUGAAACGAAACGAUUGAGCAUUUAACUAAUAAAAAUUUAAUUUAGAAGUUA